CGCGGCUCCCAUUGGCUGGGGUCCAGGGGUCCCAGCCAAUCCUGCCAGGGGUCGUGUUUCUCCUGGGCUGGACCCCCGAGACUCAGAAGCGAGGGGCACCCCUGGACGGAGCCACAAGCACAGCUGACCUAGUGACACGUUGACAUCACUCUGGAGCUGCCGCCUCCGUGGAUGUUGGAUGUUGGUUCCCAGAAGCCCCCCAAGGGGAAAUGGUCAACACCGCCCUUCGACCCGCGCUUCCCCAACCAGAACCAGACCCAAAACUGCUACCAGAACUUCCUGGACUACCACCGCUGCGUCAAGAGAAUGAAUCGCCGCGGGAAGAGCACGCAGCCCUGCGAGUAUUACUUCCGCGUGUUCCACUCGCUGUGCCCCAUGAGCUGGGUGCAGCGCUGGACCCAACAGAUCCAGGACGGGACCUUCGCGGGCAACAUCUGACGGCCUGAGUGCCGCUCCUCCGAAGGAUCAGCGCACUGACCCCACAUCCUGCCGUCUCGCGGAGACCCGGCCCCCGCUAUCCACUCCAAUAAACCACCAAUAAAGCUCCGUUGCU